AUGGGGCAUAGAGAAGCUGCCGGUGACGCAACAAGCAACAGCGACUUGGAUAUUAGCCCCGGCGGCGGCGGCCGCGGCGACGGCGACAGCGGCUUGCGUAGUUUUCCUCUGGCGGCUCAGCCGGAGAUAAUGAGGACAGCUGAGAAGGACGAUCAGUAUGCUUCUUUUGUCCACGACGCCUGCCGGGACGCCUUUCGCCAUCUCUUUGGUACGAGAGUUGCCAUUGCGUACCAGAGUGAGAUGAAACUAUUGGGGCAGAUACUCUAUUAUGUCUUAACAACUGGUGCAGGGAAACAGACCUUAGGAGAAGAAUAUUGUGACAUUACACAGGUUGCAGGGACCCAUGGACUCCCUCCAACCCCCGCUAGGCGUUCACUUUUUAUUCUUUAUCAGACAGCAUUCCCUUAUAUUGCUGAGAGGAUAAGUGCCCGUAUUGCUUCCCAGGGCAUCAACAUGGGCGAUUCACUGCCUGAUGAUGUCAUGAACAAUGAGAAUAGCUUAAAUGAUCAAAUUCUGGCGUCUGCUAGUGCAGAAAUGUCGUCAUCCUUGAAUUUGGGCGCACGCGUUUCAGCUUGGUCGAGAUUGAGAGCUCGGGUUUAUGGGUUAUGGUUGAAUGCAGUUCGGAGGUGGCCCUUAGUUCUUCCUAUAGCCCGCGAGUGUUUCAUGUUGGUUCUCGGCGCAAACCUCAUGUUUUUUUAUUUUGAAGGUCUUUAUUACCACUUAUCAGAACGGGCUGCUGGGAUACGUUAUGUGUUUAUUGGCAAACCAAGUAAUCAACGGCCUAGAUAUCAGAUAUUGGGGGUUUUCCUUCUGGUUCAGCUGUGUAUCCUUGCUGCUGAAGGAUUAAGGAGAAGCAAUUUAUCAUCUUUUGCUACCUCACUUCAACAAACAUCUUUUGGAGCUUAUCAAACUUCAACCGGAAGAAGUUUACCUGUCUUAAACGAAGAAGGCAAUCUGAUAACCGAGGACUCUGUAAAGGCUAGCCAGGUUCCAUUAUCUGCAUCUACUUCAGAGCCUCAAGUAAGUAGCCUGAGCAAAUGCACUCUCUGCAUAAGCAAUCGGCAACACCCAACAGCUACUCCUUGUGGUCAUGUAUUUUGCUGGAACUGCAUCAUGGAAUGGUGUAAUGAGAAGCCUGUAUGCCCACUUUGUCGUUCGCCCGCGACUCAUUCGAGUCUAGUUUGUCUCUAUCACUCGGACUUUUAG